UAACUCAUAACGAGCCUCCAUCUGCCACUCCACAAUUAGGGUUUUGCCCCCCGUCCCUCCAUUGCCCUCCACUUUGGUCAGUUUAUCGGCUCCGACGUCCGAAAUAAUCUUCUCCAACACCCUAGGGUUGCUGCUCUCUGCUGUUCUUAUAUAACUCGAGAUUUCCUGUCAAUUCUCCCCGGCAGGUCUGUUGGAAUUUCAUCUGCCAUGGGCACUCUGGUUGAAUCGCAGCAGCACUCCGAAAGUUCGAAAAAGAAGAAGACGAGAAGCAGAGAUAAAGAGAUAGCCGAAGAUGCUGAUGCCACCGCCGCGCAUCUCCAGAACGAUGGCGACGACGACGGAGCUCGGCCGCGGACUAUGAAUGUGAAAAUCGAGCUGAUUCCCGAACAUCCCGACCGAACUUCUCCUGUAGUGGGGUACUUCCCAUCCGGGUACAACCCUCUUCGCGACGGCGAUGGUGACCAAUCGGUGUUGCCUUCAGUCAAUCUGUACAGAAAUGUCCAGAGGAAGAAGGUAGAUGCAGGUGUGGGUGAUAAGGCUCCGAGCCGGAGAGGUCCAGAGAGGAUGGAGCUGGUGGUGACCCCUGAGGGAGGAUCGAAGGUGGAUUUUGUGGGAACAAGCUAUAAAGGCGAGGCGAGUAAUGCUCAAUUGGCUACUUAUGCGCUUGGGGUUCUGGAUAAAGAGACUCAGACUCUGAAGAUUAUGCCCAUUGCUGGAAAUAAGAUAUUCAGAUUGGAUGUGAGACGCCGAGUGCAUGAUAGGGUCGCCAAUGUGGAUGAACCAACGACGGACAAUCCCGAGCUCUCUGCACAAGAACAGGCAGCCAAGAAGAGAGUGCUUGCUGCUCACUUCGGAACUAAGCAGGCUGUGGCCAGGGAUAAGAAGAUGCAUGUUACAACCGGGAUCGGGGAAUCCGAGGUCGAUUUGGAGAAUCACGCAGACAUCUUCCCAGUAAACAAGGACGCUACAGUCACUACUGCUGUCGACAUGGCUCGAAACAUCCCUCCACAUAAUUGUUCAGCCACCACGCCUAAGGAAGCGUAUCCAUUGGACAGGAUUAUUUCCUCCAGAGAGUGGGAGUUCCUCAGGGACUUUGAGAAGAUCAACCUGCAAGGCGGCGAAGAAGGAUUUGAGACUUAUCCAUUAUUUGUUCGCAAUAGGAUCCAUAAGCUGCGCCGAGUUCAGGAUGACGAGGAGAGGAGAACUCUCUCAGGUAUUCUAUGCUACAUAACCCACCUCAUCAAGUACAAAGACUUGCAAUCCAUGGACACUGCGGAGUCAGCAAAGAGUCAUCGGUUCCCUGACGUUGUGAGGCUGAAGUUCAAGGACAUGUUCGAUUCAGAAACCAAAAGGCCAUCAGGUGACAAGAUGAAUCUGCUGAUCAGUUACGUUAUUGUCCUGACUUUGCACUUCGAUGGUUUCCAGACGGAAACUGCUGAUAUAACGAAGGAUCUAAGACAGAAUCCGAUCGCGAUGAGGACACAUUUCGAGAACUUGGGAUGCAAGAGUGCGACCGUGAAAAAGGUGCGGGUAAUGACGCUCCCUGUUCCCAUUCAGUUCCCGGUCGCUAGAAGGAAACGAAGAGGGCGUGGCUAAGACAGAUAACGCCGAGAAUGUGGAAUUGAAUUGCUGGUUGGAUGUUGGUUGGUUGCAAGUGUUAUUUUGUGUCUGUCUUUUGAAGUUAUAACUAUGCAGAAUUCUGCUUUCCUUUAUGGAAAACCAGUUUUGAUCAAUGCUCCCC